AUGUUGAACAGACAAACAAAACUCGGAAAGUAUCUGGCAAGAGACGUUGAGCCAACAAAUUACUCACAAGUACUCGAGAAAGAAGGGACAGUAUUUGGGGCACGUGUUGUCGCUUCCGCCGCUGAGUCACGCCGAUCGGUGGACGUCUUCAAAAAGACUCGGAAACUCGUUCUCCGCGACACUCCCAACAACACCUCAUUCGCCAUGCUACGACUGGCUGCGACUCUUUGCGCUCUCGGUGCGUUCUUCUGCGUUGCCGAUGCGCUUUUCACUCAAUCCGCCGGCGUCAAAGGUGUUCUCAUGUGUGGAGACCGACCUUUGGCAAACGCUAAGGUCAAGCUUUACGACGACGACUCCGGUUCGUCCUUUUUUUGUUUCAUUCAGGAAUUUUCAUGACACGGGUGACAAAAGAUAGAUAUUUUCAAAUGUUCUAUUGUUAACAAAUAAACAUGUUUUAUACCUGUUUUUAAAUUAAGACUUUCAUUUCUCACUGACCGGUCACUUUUUUUCUAGCAUAUGUGUAUUACUGAUUCAGCAAAGGCCUGGAAAUCAAGGAAAUAACCAGCUAGUUGACCUUCCCGGUUUUUCAAAGGCCGAUUUACCAAAAAACGACUAACCAAAAAUGAUAAACGGCCUAAUAUCGCUCGUUGAAUUUAAAAAUUUUUGUAGCCCCUUAUGAAGGACUCUUAUGAAAGGUGGUUUAUAUAGAAAAACUUCUUUUGAUUUUAAAAAAGCAAGUCAUUUACCAUUUUUCGGUAAACACGAUAGAGGCGCUUUUGUCUUUUUCUUGCAUACUUCCGAAGAUCUCCUGUCCCUUUUACAUUCAUUCUAGAAACCGUUGAAAAUUAUAUAUUUUCAGUUGAAUAUUUCUUGUCGACCUAUUUAAACAAAGUUAUGACUAAAAAUAAAAGUCCUCGGGAAAACAUUUUCCCAUUGAAACAAGAAAACUUUUGAAAAGGGGAAAAUUUUCUAGGACCGGACUUGGACGAUUUGAUGGCGGAAGGCACGACAGACUCCUUGGGACAGUUCUUGCUAUACGGUCACACUUCCGAGGUCAUGACCAUCGACCCGAAAGUCAACAUCUACCACGAUUGUGACGAUGGCAUCACUGUGAGCUUUGAUUUAGUUUCAGCGAAGUUUUUUUUUCAAAAAAGAUUCUCUUAAAGAGCUUAAAAAAACAGUACAGCAAAAGUGUUUAGCCAUGCCAACGAAAGGUGUCGUUCAACAUCCCCAAGUCGUUCGUCUCUUCUGGAGAACAGCCAAAGACCUUCUUCAACGUCGGGACCGUCAACAUGCAAAUAAUAUUCAACUCUGAAGAACGAGACUGUGUCCAUCGUCACUAG